AUGUCCAAAGAGGCCAUCAGAAUCUCAAAGGCGUGUGAAGGCUGUCGGCGGCGCAAGGUUAAGUGCACCGGUGGAAAUGUAUGUGACUCAUGUAAAAGAUGGAACGAUAUAUGUCGGUAUAGAGAGUUCAGUCGUCCAUCCAAGGAGAGAAAAAAGAGGAGAAAAAUAGACCCAGAAGUGAAGUUGAAGAAGCCUGAGGAAGAGAAUGGUGUGCUGAAUCUUCAAUUACCCGGCCUGUUAAGCGCCAACUCAGCUGAGUUCUUCCAGAAUAAAUACUUUGGUCCUGCCAGUAACUUCUCCUUUGUCACCCAUUUGAAUCAAUACCUGCAAGCAGCAGGACUACAGGAUGGUAAUAAUGGAAUCGACCGGUUUGGUAUGCAGCUCGUUACGCUGAGAAACUUUGAACACGUAGACAUUGAAAGUGAACUGGCAAAACUCAGCUAUCACCAAGCCUAUUCUCUGUUGGAAUUUUACUUUGAAACAUGGCAUAUACCUUAUCCAAUUUUUGAUCCAGAGUUAAUGUUUGGAAAGUUCAAAGAUGUCUGGCUUUAUUUGAAAGGCGAUAAGAAAUCAAGUAUCGUGAACAAGUAUGACAAAGCCGUUAUCUAUCUGCUCAUGUCAAUUGGAGGAGUAGUUUCCUGCUUUGAUAGCAAUUCGCUUGCCCCUCAUAUUCCUCUUGCCAGAAUUCUAUUUGAAAUGGCAAGAAGAGAGGUUCCCAAUAUCCAGUUAGAUAUCUCCUACGAGGCCGUUAAAGUGCUAUAUUUGUUCAGUCUUAGCUCUGCCAAUUUUGGAGAUACAAGCAUUUCGUAUCUUUACUCUGGAUCUGCUGUAAGAUCGGCAUUUAUAUUAGGACUUCACAAGAAUGCUCUAAGUCUAGACAAUCAGUUCCAGGGGAAGGGGAAGAAGCAGGAAAUGUAUGAAAGGCAUAGAAUUUGGGUCGCUACCUGGGUUUGGGAGAAAUACUGGAGUUUCUGUAUGGGAAGACCAAGUUGUAUUAAAGAUGACAUUCCCAUUCCCCACCCGAUACCGGAAGUGUACACGAGUGCUGGAUACACAAGCAGCAAAUUGUUUCCCAUUAAUCUCCCUCACAUGAAGCUAAGAGUGUAUUUUACUCACUUCUGUACUAAGAUACAGGCCAGUCUCUACAACACCAGUGAUGAGUUUCCAACAGUGUUCAAACUAGUCGAAAGCAUAUCUCAAAAGCUGGAUGAAAUAUAUCCUGAAUCCAACGAGAACAGAUUGUGCUUUUCUGACAACAGUCUUGCUCAGAAUUUAUCAGACCAAGAAUGGAGAGAGUGGUUUUGGAUACGUGCAUACUACCUGUAUUUGAAAAUGUUGAGUUACCGGCCAAUCUUAGUAUUUUCAGCAUAUCUGAAGCUUCGAACGAACUGUAUUCCUAAAGAUCUUCGUAUUCAACUCGAUGAAGGUUCUGAGAAAUGCUUUGCAAUAGCUUUGCAAUUCGCCGAGUUCUUGAUUGAAUCGAAUAGGUACAAAAAACACAUGCGUCUUCCUAUAUUUUUCAUUGCUACGUAUGUUGAAAGUGCUUGUACUGUUCUAUUGUUCUACAUUGUGAGCAACUACAACUACAUCUCACCGGAGCAGGUUUCUAAAGUUUGGGAUACUCUUCACAAAACAUGCGCUUUUUUGGAAGGUGUUUCGGGUCCGUAUAUUGAAAGCAGCCGACUCAUCGCAAAUGAUGCUAUCAAGUCAUUACAGACCGUUCUUCUUUCCAGACAGAACCAAGCUGAGCCUUACAAGAUACCAGUUCCCCCUGCAGGGCUAAGCGAUGAUAUAAUGAUCAAUCGUAUGAAAAAAUUGCAUGGAGAAUCGGUUGACUCUAGUAAUUGCAUUCAACUGGAUACUCCCAUUAAUGAAGAGGACUUUGAGUCGUUCUGGCAAGAUACAAUUAAUUGGCUUUCCAGUACUUAG